CAUUUAGUUUUGUUUUUGGAUAUAGUUACUUCUAUUGCAUAAGUGAAUUAAACAUAAAAAUUUGUAGGUUAUGGACAUGGAGCAUGAGCUUCAAGCAUUGAGACUUCAGCUUGCUGAGAAAUCUAAACAUUCUCUUCUGCUUCAGAAAGAGCUGGCAAAGAGCAGGAGGGGUGAGGAAAACUUGGCUCACUCAUAUGAAUUAGAUGGUUCUGAAGCUUUGGGUUCAUAUUUAAGGAUUCAACCUUGCUCUGAUAGUGCUCCAGAACUUUCGGGAUGUUCAAUUCAAUGGUAUCGUUUGGCAGCUGAAGGUGGCAAAAAGGAUCUUAUUUCAGGAGCCACCAAAUCAGUGUACGCUCCAGAUCCCUUUGAUGUCAGUCGAAUUUUGCAAGCUGAAAUUAUUGUAGAUGGCCAGAAAAUAGCAUUGACAACCACUGGUCCAGUUGAUCCCGCUGCAGGAUUAGGAAACUACGUGGAAUCAUUGGUGCGAAGGCAUGACACGGAAUUCAAUGUAGUCAUUGCUCAAAUGAAUGGGGUAGAUUACCCAUCACAAUCUAUCCAUGUACUUCAUGUGGGUAAAAUGAGGAUCAAACUCUGUAAAGGCAAAACAACAGUAGCUAAAGAAUACUAUUCCACUUCAAUGCAGUUAUGUGGAGUUAGAGGUGGUGGGAAUGCUGCAGCUCAAGCAUCAUUUUGGCAAGCAAAAGUAGGGCUUUCUUUUAUAUUGGCAUUCGAGUCAGAGAGGGAAAGGAAUGCAGCCAUCAUGCUUGCCAGGAGGUUUGCAUUUGAUUGCAAUAUCAUGCUUGCCGGACCAGAUGACAGAGCUCCUCCAGAAACAUGACAAAUCUAUGCUCUACUCUCCUC